AUGGCGGCCGCCUAUUCUGGGCGGCAGGGCCACAGCUACUCUAAUAAUGUCGCCAACACCAAGCAGGCACAGCUCACAACUGCAUACUCGUCUCUGGCCCAGGAGCUCGCCAGCGACAACCUCAAGGUCGUUGGCGGGUACACUCUAGGGAAAGUCAUAGGAGAAGGGACGUUUGGCUCUGUGCACAUCGCGUGCCAUAGGCUCACAGGCAUGCGUUGUGCCAUCAAGAAGAUCGCCAAGGCGUCUACGCCGCAGCUUACACGCGAGAUCCACCACCACCGUCGCUUGCACCAUCCUCACAUUGUCCACCUCCAUGAGAUCAUCGCUACAGAGAACCACAUCUGGCUCGUGUCAGAGCUCUGCCCUGGUGGCGAGCUGUUUGACUACCUCGUUGAGCGCGGGCGCAUCCUAGAGGGCGAGGCUCGCCGCAUCUUCGGCGAGCUUUGCACGGCCGUAGGGUGGCUUCAUCGGCAGGGCAUCGUGCACCGCGACCUCAAGCUCGAGAAUGUGCUUCUCGACGGCGAACUGGGCGUCAAGCUGGGCGAUCUCGGCUUUGCGCGCGAGUACCAGAAGGGGAGAUUCAUGGAGACUUUCUGCGGCACAACAGGCUACGCGUCACCAGAGAUGCUGGCGUGCAAGAAGUACCUUGGCGUCGAAACGGACAUUUGGUCACUCGGCAUCAUCCUCUACACCCUGUUGUGCGGCGGACUGCCCUUCGACGACGAUGACGAGCGCGUAAUGAAGGACUUAAUCAUCAAGGGAGAAUACGAGGAGCCCGAGUGGCUCACGGAAGACGCGCGCUCGCUCAUUCGCGGCAUGCUCCAGAGCAACCCGGAGAAGCGCCUGCAUAUGGAAGGAAUCCUAACGCAUCCCUGGUUCAAGAAGACGAUAUACGACAACAUCCACAAUGCCUCUUCUACACUCUCCUUACCCACAUCCGGCCCCACGUCGCCUAUAGCCCACCCCAUGGCCUCUACCGAAUCGAUUGUGAAUCGGAAACGUCUAUCAACAUCCUCCAUAUCCUCAUUCCCUUUCACCCCGCGGACUUCGUCAGGACCGCAGCUGCCUCUCACCCAGGAGCCAACAGCGCUGGCAACGUUUCCUGAGGGCGAGUCGGAGCCAUCUGAGACAUCCUUUGAGUUCAGCGGCAAGCAGUCAACCAGUGGCGAUACCUCGCCGACCACUGCUGAGAACGAGGAGGAAGCGGACAUCAAGCGGACACACAGUGGAGAGACCAGUCUGACGGAACGAGCGCUCGAGCUCGCCCAUAAGAACAGCUCAGAGGCCACUUUACGCAAGCCCGACUCAUUGCGGGAACGUUUGGCACGCAUGAGCUUAGAGGGCCCACGGGAGGAGGAUGAGAACGAGGGCUACUCGCGCGCGGAUGAGCGACUCAGUGCUUCAAAUUUACCCAUGAUUGACGAACACUCAUUAGCGCUUCCCUUGGCCGACCACUCGCGCACACCCGUGCGGACGAAACGUCGCUCCCUCACCUCUCAGCUUCCAUUAGAGAGGCGGUUGUCGCACCACAGCACAUCGAGCCAAUGGCAAGCGUUCGUUGCGGACGACUACCUUGCCCUGCUCAAAGCUGAGCUUCCACCGUUGUUCUCCACGCCAUCUGAGAAGCUGCUGCUCGAGCGUUUGGUCGAUCUAGGCUUCGACGUUGGCCAGCUCAUGCACUCGGUCAAGACGGACGCAUGCGACUCGAGCAGCGCAAUGUGGUGGAUCUUACGCCUCAAGCAGCUUGAGCGCGGCGAGACCGACGACGCUAGCGGUCGAAUAUGA